CUACCCAGAAUGUAAAGAGAAAUGGAGGGUUUCAUUAAGAAAAGAGUGUUGCGUGAAGAAAGACAAAGAGGAAAAAACAAAAAUAUAACAGUUGAUGUGCAUAUCCUGAAGAAAGAAGAAAAUCAUGAGACGUUCAUACAAGAAAAACUUACAACUUUGACAAAUUUUAGAAACACAAAUUCUGCAAGUCAAAAGGACAAGGAUAAAGGGUACUACAUUUUCUACUGUAUCCGGUCAGGGAACCCUGUUGAUGGAAGUUACAAGAGCUCAGGAUGUAUGGCUUACACAUCAUUUAAGAUUAAAAGUGAUUGGCUGAGCCACAAAAUCAUUGUACAACGCACCAGCAAAGAGCACAAUGGCCACAAUGCAACUUGUGAACAAGAAGGACACUUUCAAACAGUGUGUCCAGAUUUGGUCAAACAAAUUGAAGAAUGGAUCUCAUUGGGGGUCAAGCCAGAUAUCAUUCUACUGGAAUCCCACAAAUGGUCCAGAUCUCGUGGACACACCGACUUGAACAACCGUCAGUACUUUGUCACUCCAAAGGACAUUGAGAAUAUACGUACAUGCUUGGUACGCCGAAGCCAUUUGGAUAAAGAUGAUGCUGUUAGUUCAGCCAAAUUAUUGACCAGUCACCUCAAGGAUAAUGUUGUUUUUUUUCAGCCUUUUUCCCAUGAGAAGGAUCUCAUAAUUAUCCUUCAGACUCCCAACAUGAGAGAGAAUCUACACAGACAUGGAAAGAACAUUAUAUUUUUGGAUGCUACUCAUUGCGUCAACCAGUAUAAUUUUCCACUUUAUACCCUGGCUAUAAGAGAUGACUAUGGCCAUGGAGUUCCAGUCGCAUUUAUAGUAACAGGCAAUGAGAAAGAGGCAACACUAGAGAUAGCUUUACAGCAGUUAAGGAGAGUGUGUCCUGCUGCACCAAGGUGCUUUAUGGUGGACAAGGAUAUGUGUGAGAUGAAUGCCUUGCGGAAAGUCUUCCCAGAGUCAGAUAUCUUGCUUUGCUGGUAUCAUGUUAUGCAAGCUGUUGUCCGCUGGCUUUCGAAGACAGACUCUGGAGUCAGUGGGCCAUCAAAUACUGAUGUUAGAACAGAAAUCAUUUCUUUCGUCAGAAAGAUGAAGCUUUGUGCAACACAUCAAGAUUUUAAGUCAACUGCUGAACAAUUCCUCAAGAGGUUUGAAGAUUUCCCAGCUCUUUGCUCAUACUUCAAGGAUCACUGGCUAGAAAUAGGACACACAUGGUCUGACUUUGGACGGUGCUACAACCAUGCUGACUCCGAUACAAACAAUCUUGUUGAAAGAUUUUUCCAUCGCCUAAAAUAUCAGUUUUUGGGAGGCAUUAGGAACCGUAGACUGGAUGAUCUUAUCAGCAUUCUCAUCAAGAAGACAGAUGGAUACUUCCAGGUCAUUCACGAUUUGCAGGCAGCUGGAAGAAUGAAAAAUGCCUCUUUGAAGUCAGGAGAAAUACUUAAGUCUGCCUCUAGAUUGGUGGAAAAAGGUUGGCAAGAUAGCAUUAAUCUUAUAUCCAACGACACGUACCUUUAUGAAGUUCCAUCAGAACAAACCCCUGGUCUAUCCUACAAAGUUUGUCCAUCUGAAAGUUUUUGUAGCUGCCCAAUUGGAAUCAGAGGACAUCCCUGUAAACAUCUUGUAGUGAUUGAGUUGCUGACGUAUGGGUUAGCAGACUAA